AUGACCGAGACUGCACGACCGCACACAUUAGAGCCAGAGAUGCCACCUCCGCCACGCAAUGAGGGAAUACCCGAGACCAGCAUAGCCGGGCAACAUCAGCAGCAACAAAGCUGGCCACACUCAGCGCCUUGGGAGCGGAAAGACAGUGGACAGAACACUAGUGAGCGGGAGGUGGAAGCACAGAAGAGCAAACCCACAACCGCCGGCAACGAACAGCCGUCUCCUCCCUCCCAAACGACUGCACCACCCGAACCAGCUCCCAAGAAGAAAUCCAAACUUCGGCCCCGCAAAGCGCCCAUCAACCUCACACCAACCGCCAUCUCUCAGCUACAUCAAUUGGCCGACGCACCGGAGUCGAAACUCAUCCGGGUAGGCGUGAAGAACCGAGGCUGUUCAGGAUUGGCCUAUCACCUCGAAUAUGUGGACAAAGCGGGAUCCUUCGACGAGACGGUGGAACAAGAGGGCGUUAAAGUGUUGAUCGACUCGAAAGCGCUGUUCAGUAUUAUUGGCAGCGAGAUGGAUUGGGUGGAGGAUAAGCUGCAGGCGAGGUUUGUGUUCCGGAAUCCGAAUAUUACGGAACAAUGCGGCUGCGGAGAGUCAUUUAGCAUUUCAUAG